AACAAACGAAAGAGGAAAAGUACCCAUCUCGUAUUCAAUAUUCAAAUCCCAACUCCAUUUGAGUCAACUCAUUUCUCAGGUGAGCUCACCACAGUCUCCCAGAGAAAACUCAUACGCCUCAAAAAUGGCGGAAGGAUCCAACACUGUACACUCACCCUUCCUCACUUAUGUUUCCAUGUUAUCUCUUCUCACUCUCUGCCCUCCCUUUGUUAUCUUACUAUGGUACACCAUGGUUCAUGCUGAUGGGUCUGUUUCUCAGACUUGGAAUUACUUAUAUCAAAAUGGGUUCGAGGGAUUUAUUAAUAUAUGGCCAUCGCCCUCUGCUACUGCUUGCAAGAUAAUUGGAUGUUAUGCUGCCUUUGAGGCUGCUCUUCAGCUUCUUUUACCUGGAAAGAGGGUUUUGGGCCCGGUCUCUCCAACGGGAAAUCAACCUGUUUACAAGGCAAAUGGCGUGGCUGCCUACAUAGUGACACUGCUUACUUAUGUUGCUCUUUGGCGGUUUGGGAUAUUUGAUCCAGCUAUUGUUUAUGAUCAUCUGGGAGAAAUAUAUUCGACUCUUAUUUUUGGAAGCUUCAUCUUUUGUAUUCUUCUAUACAUAAAAGGUCAUGUGGCGCCAUCUUCCUCUGAUUCAGGUUCCUCUGGAAACGUUAUACUUGAUUUCUACUGGGGCAUGGAAUUGUACCCGCGUAUUGGCAAACAUUUUGAUAUUAAGGUUUUCACAAACUGCAGAUUUGGGAUGAUGUCUUGGGCCGUCCUUGCUGUGACCUAUUGCAUAAAGCAAUAUGAAAAGAACGGGACACUAGCUGAUUCGUUGCUUGUAAAUACUGCAUUGAUGUUGGUUUAUGUUACGAAGUUUUUUUGGUGGGAAGCAGGGUACUGGAACACAAUGGACAUAGCGCAUGAUAGAGCUGGUUUUUAUAUUUGUUGGGGAUGCUUGGUAUGGGUUCCGUCUGUGUAUACCUCUCCUGGCAUGUAUUUGGUCAACCAUCCUGUAAACCUUGGCACUCAGUUGGCAGUAUCUAUUCUAGUAGCGGGCAUUCUUUGCAUAUAUAUCAACUACGAUUGUGACAGACAGAGGCAAGAAUUUCGCAGAAAAAAUGGGAAGUGCUUGGUUUGGGGAAAAGCUCCAUCAAAGAUAGUCGCUACAUAUACCACUACAACUGGGGAAACCAGAACUAGUCUUCUUUUAACCUCUGGAUGGUGGGGUUUAGCACGGCAUUUUCAUUAUGUCCCAGAAAUUUUGGCUGCAUUUUUCUGGACGGUUCCAGCCCUUUUUCAUCAUUUUCUACCAUACUUCUAUGUGAUAUUUCUUACUAUCCUUCUGUUCGACCGAGCUAAAAGGGACGACGAUCGAUGUCGCUCCAAGUACGGGAAAUAUUGGAAACUCUACUGCGAGAAAGUGCCUUACAAAAUCAUACCUGGAAUAUACUAAUUGUAGUUCUUACUUUGUGUAUUACUUACCACAGUCACAAUGCCUUCUGCAUACUCUGUUGUUGUAAACUCAUUUCCCUCACCAAAGUUGGGGUUAGAUUUGAACUCUUAUUUCUAAAAUUAAGUUAUUUUAAGAAUUUUUUUAAGGCAUUUGGGAA